AUGAUAAGUGACAAGACUGCAAUUUUAUGUAAAACAAGAAGAUGCAGACCAGGAUCGCUGGAGAGGAGAGUAUGUCGGAUACCUCAUUCCAAAGGCAUUACCUCAAUCCUAAUGAUGAGGGAAUAUUCCCAUAACCUCUGUGAAAAGGAUGUGACCUUCGGAGCUGACAAUAGAGGAAGACUAUGGACUGAUGGGGGAUGUGAUGGACGGUUUCAAGUCUGUUAUACUACACGAAAAGCUGUAUGCUUUGAUGACAGUGAAUGUGGUACUAAUGCUGAAUGUUCUGAGGGAAACUGUCGCUGUAUGAAAGGAUAUUUUGGAAAUCCUUACCAUCUCUGUGAAGAUUUGUGCACCUGUUCUGCAUAUGGAGAUCCACAUUACAGACAGUUUGAAAAGAAGUAUUUUACAUUCAAUGGCUUUUGUAAAUAUACCAUGACAAAGUUUGACGAUCCUCAUGGAAACUGUUCCUUUAAUAUUGAAGUAAAGAAUGAGCAAAGGGGAAGUAGAAGGAGAGUUUCCUAUACCAGACUGAUAGAUGUAUAUAUGUAUGGUAUGAAAAUACAACUUCAUAAAAAGAAAAAAGUUUAUAUAAAUGGCUUAUUACAAUAUAUGCCAGUCAAACUUGUGCACCAGAAUGUGACAAUCUAUAACACUGGAGAAUAUGGCCGUCUGGUCACAGGGUGUGGCGUAUCAGUCUUGUGGAAUGGCAAGUCAGAGGCUAUUGUUAUGGUACCUAGAAAGUAUGGUGCAAAUCUUACAGGUCUAUGUGGGAAUUGUAAUGGGAAAGAUGAUGAUUUAGUCACCAGGGACGGGACAGAUGUGUCUGGAAAGAGAAAUUAUGAAGUGCUUAUUGGUGAAAGUUUUGAAGUCAAAGAUGACACUGGUUUUCAAACAGAAAAAUGUGAGACCAAAGCUAUGGAUGAUCCCUGCACUGGUAUCUUAGACCAGUAUGUAGAGAAGAUGGAAUAUUGUGGAAUGCUACAUAUAAAAAACCAAGCCCAUAGUCCCUUCCGAGACUGUAUAGAAGACCAUCAGGAUUUGGCGGAGACUUUGUAUGCUUCCUGUCGAUAUGAUGUCUGUGCAUACUACCAUGAUGUCCAGCGUAGAAAUAAGAUCGUGUGUGAAUCGUUAAAUAGCUUGGCCGCUGAGUGUGAAUCUAGAGGUGUGAUUGUCAAAUGGAGGAGGGAAAACUUUUGUCCAAUGUCAUGUCCUUCAAACAUGAAAUACAGUUCUAAUGUGGGUGGCUGUCCUGCAACAUGCCUAGAUCCAUACCCUGAUCCUGCCAAGUGCCUAUUUCCACCAUCAGAAGGAUGUCAAUGUUUACCUGGCUUUGUUAGCAGUGGGGAUAACUGUGUACCAGUUGAUGAUUGUGGCUGUGAAUCAAAGAUGGGUUAUAUACCAGUUGGAGAGUCUAUGAUGACAUUAGAUUGUUCUAGCCUGUUAAUUUGUAACUAUAACAAUGGAACAGGAUCGUUAGUAACAACACCAAUCAAAUUACAUUGUCAUCAGUAUGCCUCAUGUGGUCUGAAAGGAGGCAAACCUAGCUGUGCCUGUAAACAGGGAUACUUUGGUGAUGGGGUAAACAGUUGUUACCCUCUUUGUAAUGGAAAGAAAUGUUCUGAUUUUGCUCACUGUGAGGACAACCGCUGUGUAUGUGAUCAUGGUUACCAUGGAAAUGCCUACAUUGAAUGUGAAGUUGCCGGGAUAUGUUAUGGAAAGAAAUGCCACCGUAAUGCUGUGUGUGUCAAUUAUAACUGUGUUUGUAAACCAGGAUUUAUUGGUGACGGAUAUCAUAGUUGUCAGAAAUUAUGUAAUGGACAUAGCUGUGUUAAGUAUGCCUUCUGUGAUGGACAUAAUGGAUGUAAAUGUAGAAAUGGUUUCCAUGGUGAUGGAUAUUCAAAAUGUGACAAAAUACAGACCUGUGGUGGACGACUUUGUGCUAAGCAGGCUCAUUGUAUAAAUGAUCAGUGUAUGUGUAAGUCUGGUUACUAUGGACAGGGUGCAACAGAAUGUACAGAAUUAUGUGGUGGGAAAAGAUGUGUUGGUAAUGCUGUUUGUAUCCAUGGCAGUUGUUUAUGCAAAGAAGGUUACCAUGGAAAUGGUUAUUUUAAUUGUGAAAUUGAUGGGCAGUGUAAUGGACACAGCUGUGCUGCAAAUGCAUAUUGUCAGAAUGGUAAAUGUCAGUGUAGACUAGGUUACUAUGGAGAUCCGUACAUUGUGUGCAGACCUCUGUGUAAUGGAAAGAAAUGUACAAAGAGUGCUAUCUGUGACCAAGGAAAGUGUACAUGUAAAUAUGGUUACCAUGGCAACCCAUUAGUAAAAUGUGAAACUGUGGAUGUAUGUAAUGGUAAACACUGUGCACCUAAAGCCAUCUGUAUGAACUACCAAUGUACAUGUAGACCUGGGUACUUUGGAGAUGGAUAUGUCAAAUGUGAUUCACUAUGUAAUGGUAGAAAGUGUGAAGAGAAUGCAUACUGUUAUAAAGACACGUGCCAGUGUAAUGAUGGAUUUCAUGGAAAUGGGUACAUUAAAUGUGAAACUAAAGAUUUAUGUGGCGGAAAACAGUGUGCACCAAAUGCCAAGUGUAUUAAUUACCACUGUGUAUGUAAGGAUGGCUAUGUUGGAAGUGGUUACAUAGAAUGUGAAGAACUCUGUAACAACAGAAAAUGUGCUAAGUAUGCUGUGUGUGUACAUGGACAGUGUCAGUGUAGAGAUGGUUUCCAUGGGAACCCACUGACAAGGUGUACACCUAUUGAAUAUUGUGAUGGCAGACAGUGUGCAUUAAACGCAAAGUGUAAUAACUUCCAGUGUGUAUGUGAUUAUGGUUACUAUGGCAAUGGAUAUUAUGUGUGUACACCUUUAUGCAACAAUGUACGAUGUGUGGAAUAUUCUGAAUGUCAGAAUGGUCAGUGUAUGUGUAAAGAGGGUUACCAUGGUGAUGGAACAAAAAAAUGUGAAGUAUUGUCAUUGUGUGGAGGUAAAAAAUGUACCACUAAUGCUGCUUGUAUAGACUAUCAGUGUCAAUGCUUACAUGGUUACCUUGGCAAUGGUUACAAUCAAUGUCAAAAAUUAUGCAAUGGGAAAAUCUGCAAGGAAAAUGCCUUUUGUUCUGAUGUAGGGGGAUGUUUGUGCAAACCAGGUUACCAUGGUUGUGGAACAAAGCUUUGUGAACCAUUAAGUGUUUGUGGAGGGAAAUCAUGUGUAGCCAACGCCCACUGUUUUGAUUACAAGUGUGUAUGUGACACAGGCUAUGUAGGAAGCGGAUAUUCAAAAUGUGAAAAACUUUGUAAAAAUAGAAAAUGUGCAGCGUAUGCUUUUUGUGAUGCAAAUGAAUGUAUCUGUCAAAAUGGUUACCAUGGAAAUCCUUUUCUGAAGUGUGAACAGGAAGGACUGUGUGAUGGUAAAGUAUGCACAGCCAAUGCAGUGUGUGACAACUACAAGUGCCAUUGUAGGCAUGGUUACCGUGGUGAUGGAUAUAAAUCUUGCACCAAACUGUGUAAUGGGAAAAUAUGUGUGGCUAGUGCUGUGUGUAGUCCACAUGAACAUUGUGUGUGUGGUCCAGGUUACCAUGGUGAUGGACUUAGAAAAUGUGAAGUUCUAUCUUUAUGUGGAGGUCGAGUUUGUCAUCAGUAUGCUGUCUGUGAAGAUUACCAGUGUAAAUGUAAAUUUGGUUACUAUGGAGAUGGCAUCACAUGUACAGCAUAUUGUGGUGGCCACAAGUGUAAAGAACAUUCCAGUUGUAUCGGGGAGGAAUGUAAAUGUGAAAUAGGUUACCAUGGUGACGGAAAAGUUAAAUGUGAAGAUGUUGGAACUUGUGGAGGGAAAGUUUGUUGUAAAAAUGCAGAAUGCCUUAACUACCAUUGUGUUUGUAAAAAGGGUUUCUAUGGAAUAGGAAAUGAUAUGUGUUUACCAUACUGCAAUAACAGGAAGUGUGUACACAGUGCCAACUGUGUGGAUGGUAAAUGUUUGUGUAAACAAGGUUACCAUGGAGAUGGAUACUAUAAGUGUGAAUUGUUGGGGAUAUGUAAUGGAGAGAGAUGUGCUGAACAUUCUGAGUGUGUGAAUUACAAAUGUGGAUGUAAACAUGGUUACUAUGGUGAUGGUUACAGUCAAUGUGAGGCUCUGUGUGGAGGCAAACCUUGCAUGCCAUUUUCUGUCUGUCGCAAUGAAACUUGUCAAUGUAUCGGUGGUUACCAUGGAAAUGGAUUCAUACUUUGUGAGCCCCUGACUCGGUGUGGAGGACAUACUUGUCAUUUCAAUGCAGAAUGUAUGGAUUUUAAAUGUCACUGUAAAUAUGGCUAUACUGGAGAUGGCUAUCAAAACUGUGUAGCUCUCUGUGGAAAUCAUCGAUGUGUAGAACAUUCAACAUGUGUCAGGAAUCGUUGUGAAUGUGUUACUGGUUACCAUGGAGAUGGUACAUACAAAUGUGAAGCUGAUGGUAUAUGUGGAGGGAAAAUUUGUGCCCCUAAUGCUCGAUGUGACAACUUUACAUGUGUCUGUAUGAAUGGCUACACUGGAGAUGGAUUUCACAGAUGUGAUGAAUUGUGUAAUGGCAAGAAAUGUCAUGACAAAGCAUUCUGCUACAGAGGUCAAUGUACAUGUAAUACUGGUUACCAUGGUGAUGGAAUAAAUAGAUGUGAAGAUGACAGAUUCUGUGAUGGUAAGACCUGUGCUGCCAAUGCUGAUUGUAUAGACUUUAAAUGCCAGUGUAAAGAACGUUUCCAUGGAAAUGGAUAUACUUACUGUGAACCCCUUUGCAGUGGUAAAAUCUGUGCUAAAUAUGGAUUGUGUAUAGAUGGAUGUUGUACAUGUCAGCCAGGUUACCAUGGAAAUGCUUAUGUACUGUGUGAAUUGAAGAAGUUUUGUGGAAACAAGACCUGUGCUGAACACUCAGAGUGUUUGAAAUAUCAAUGUCAGUGUAGUAAAGGAUAUACGGGAAAUGGAUACAGGAAAUGUGACGCUUUGUGUAAUGGUAAGAAGUGUGUAAGGAAUGCCAAGUGUGUACACAACAUGUGUGUAUGUGAUGAAGGUUACCAUGGUGAUGGUUACUACAGAUGUGAAGCUGAUGGAUUUUGUGAUGGUCAUAUUUGUUCCAAGAAUGCCCAGUGUGACAACUUCUUGUGUAAAUGUCAAAAGGGUUACUAUGGUGAUGGAUAUACAAGAUGUGAUCCUUUCUGUGGUGGUAAACUAUGUGUAGAAAAUGCUCAUUGUGUGGCAGGCAGGUGCAGUUGUCAUACUGGUUUUCAUGGCAACCCAUUCUUUAAAUGUGAACCUUUGGAUUAUUGUGGAGGAAAGAGAUGUCACAUGAACGCCAUGUGUGAGGAUUAUAAAUGUAAAUGUAGAAAAGGUUACCAUGGAGAUGGAUAUUAUUUCUGUGAUCCUGAAGGGUUCUGUAAAGGUGUGAAAUGUGCUCAAAACUCAGAAUGUGUUGAUGGUCGCUGUGUGUGUAGAGGAGGAUUUGUAGGGGACGGACAUAGAAAAUGUGAACGCAAAUGUAUCUGCUCAGCCUUUAGUAAUGCCUACAUCAAGACUUAUGAUGGACAGUUCAUUUAUCACAAUGGAGCCUGCAGAUAUACUCUAACUAAAUCGACAAGAUUCCCUGAUCCUUGUGCCUUUCACAUUGAUGUCACUAUGAGAAGUGAUGACUAUGGGGCAUCUAAGAUUAAGGCUGUUGUAGUGGAAAUAUUUCACCGUAGAAUACAGCUUGGGCCUGGCUACAAUAUUUAUGAAAAUGGUUAUCUACAUUAUUUACCGCUAUCAUUACACAGUCAACAGAUACAUAUAAGAUACACGGGUAACUGGUUACUCUUGACAACGACCUGUGGGUUACACGUAUGGUGGAAUGGUGACUCAUCUGUGAUGGUUCAAGCCUCUAAUGCAUGUAGUAGUCACCUGACUGGUCUAUGUGGCAACUGUAAUGGGAAAUAUGUUGAUGAUUUUAUUACACGGCAUGGAAGUGACGUAUCAGGGUAUCCAGCAGUCAAGAGAGAUCUAGAAAUCAUCAAGAGUUAUAUCGUCACUAUGAAUGGACAACCAAUCAAUAUGCAGUGUAUUGGUACCUUAAAGAAAAGUGCCAAAUGUACCUUGACCCAGGAAUCCUAUGUAGCUGAUGCAAGAAUAUGUGGUUACAUGAAAGUACAGAAUGAGCAUACCCCAUUCAGAAAGUGUAACCAUCUGUAUCCAAACUUAGCCAGGAUGAUGUAUGACGCCUGUCGUAGAGACGUUUGUAUGAACUUUGGCAAUGAUGCUUUAGUACAAAAGAGGGCAUGUGUUUAUGUCCAACAGAUGGCCAUGGAAUGUCUACAAAGAGGUAUACUGGUGAAGAAUUUUAGAUAUCACUGUGGUAUGAAGUGUCCUCUAAACUCUGUAUACAGUUCAGAAGUUACAGCAUGCCCUGCUGACUGCAUGGAUAGAACACCCACCACAUGUGAUAGUGGCUUGCCAUUCUCUGAAGGGUGUACUUGUAAGGCAGGAUACUACAGGAGUGGACAUGAGUGUGUACCAGCUAGUCAAUGUGGUUGUUAUUGUCCAGACAGACAUUAUAUACCUCUGGCUAAGUCCUAUACAACAGAGGAUUGUUCUGAGACAGUGAAGUGUCAGAUGGUCCAUGAGAGACCAGAGUUCAGACAUACACAGAUAGGAGUGCAAUGCCAUCGUAAUGCUACAUGUAGUUUGAAGGAUGGCAUACCUGCAUGUAUGUGUUUAGGAGGGCUGGUGGGUGAUGGGUACAAAGUCUGCCAACAGAAAAUAUUGCCUUCAAUAAGGUCAAGUAGUAACCAUUUAAUUGGACACGAUGUAAAUCAUAAAUUUUUUAGCAAAGUAUUUUAUGGUUGAUUCUGCUGGCGAGGGAUAUUUUGUACCAAAUGUGAUAAUAAAAAA